UUGAAGAAAUACAACGAAUCUAAAGCAAAUUUGAAAUGGUUGAAGAGGGUUUAGGGUUUCAAAUUGGGCAAGGAAGGUAGCUCCCUAUAGAAAGAGAAGGAGGAGAAGGAAGGUAACCCAACUUCAUUCCUCCAAUUCCCAGAGGCAAUCUGUCUUUGAAGAAUUCACAGGAUGAGUGCCACUGCAAAUAGAACUCCGAAAUCUGGUAGGCAGACAUUGUUGUACCAAGAUCUAGCUUCACCUAUCUCGGCCCGGAGAGGAAAAAUCUCAACUCCAGGCCAGGCAGCUGCAGUAUCUGCUCUGUGGCGCGAGAGUUGUAGUGAUCGGUCGGAUCUUCCCCCUCCUCCUCUUUACACUUUGGAAGACCGCUCAGACUUUUCCCCUGAAUCUGGAAUUCAAGAUUAUCCGAUAUCCCCAGAAAUCAAAUCAGAUCCCAGAACUCCGUUCCAAAGUUCUGGAUAUGAUUUCUCGACUCCUGUCAAAAACAAAUCAGAGGCCAGCACUUCUUAUGCUCUCUCAAGUGGACAGCAUGGCCAACAGGGUUCGGCAACUAUGAAUUGGUGGUCACCCUCAAAGAGUGGUGGCGAGCAAGAUGACAAGGGAAGGAGUUCACCAGUGGAGGGUGUUGUUCAGCCUGGUGCUUUGAUCACUCUUCCACCUCCAAGGGAAGUUGCAAGGCCAGAAAUGCAAAGGAGUACCAUGCCUGCAGCAAAUCCCCAAGAGGAAGAAUGGGUUACUGUUUAUGGAUUUUCUGCAGCUGAUACAAAUUUAGUUUUACGGGAGUUGGAGAAAUGUGGUGUGAUUUUGAAACAUGUUCCUGGCCCAAGAGAUGCCAACUGGAUGCACAUUCUAUAUCAGAGUUCCUCUGAUGCUCAGAAGGCUCUCAGUAAGAAUGGGAUGCAAAUUAAUGGAGCAUUAAUCAUAGGUGUGAAGCCACUGGAUCCAAUGCAACGCCAUAGCUUAAAUGAAAGGCUCAUCAACAAUCAGGGUUUCAUGACUUUGCCACCUCCAUCAUCCAUGAGACAUGCAGAACUAGAUUCUUCAAUAGCCCCCCCUCGCUCUUACUAUCUUCAAAAUGGUAAUACCAGUGCACGGCAAUCUGGAGGCACAAUUGCUUCCCCAACAAAGUCAUUGGUUUCCAAGGUCAUGGAUUUGAUGUUCGGAGUUUAGCUGCUGUGAUCAGCCAACUGGUAUUGUAUUGUGGGAUUUUGUCUAGAUGUAACUGUUGCGGCAUUUUGGUUUACCAUCCAAAUUUGAAGAGGUGGCCCCCCUUUUUUUUGAAAGGCAAACCCCCUUUUAUAUUCUCCAAAAUUUUCAAAGCUAUUGUAAUACAGGUUCCAUUGAGGUCGAUGUAAGACUAGUGAUUGGUUUGUUUUAGUUUUCAUGCAACAAAUGGUUGAUACUGUCGAAAGCGAAAAUCAAUGAUAGUGCCUCAGGCUUCUCUUGUCGAAGAUUUUAUGAGGAGGUUCAUUGCUAUAAUGAAAAUUUCUCGAGUGGCAUGCAGGGUUAUGGCUCCAAUGGUAUAGAACAUUUUAUCCAAACCCAUACUCGGUGUUCGACUCUCACCCUCCCCCUCUGUUGAAUCGGGGAAAAGGUAGAAAGUUGCUUUCAGAAUCUCAUCCAAAUUAUGGAGAUUAUGUUGUUCCAUACUUCUAUGUAUGAUACUCGAGAUCAUGAAUCCUGUACUCACUUGAUUUCUUGCUUACGUUCAGAAA